AUUACGACUGAGAAAUUGACAUACGUACAUUUGACAGUUCAAACCUGCGCUGAUAUAACAGUUUAUUUGCCUAUCGGAAAGCUACCAUCAUGAACUUCACACGUUUAGCACUGCGUCAAUUCACACGCCACAGUAGCCGUGUACGAAGGUAUUCAGCUGAAGCUGUACCUGCUGCCGGUAGUCCAGCAGAGAAAUUAACACCACCCCCACCAGAGGGUGUAGCCAAACCACCAAAUCCGAAGUUAGACAACAUCGUUAACAGUAUUGCAGCAUUAAACUUAUUGGAAGUAUCCGAACUCAGCGCAUUGUUAAAAAAGAAAUUGAACUUGCCUGAGACAUCAUUCGUACCACAAUUUGCUGCCGGACCAGCACGUCCCGCUUCAGGUGAAGAAGAGGAAGAGGAAGCAGCACCCAAAAAAGUACAGACCGCUUUUAAAGUGAAAUUGGUUAAGUUUGAUGAAAAACAAAAAGUAGCGUUGAUUAAGGAGGUCAAAAACCUCUUGGAGGGCAUGAACUUGGUGCAAGCUAAGAAAUUUGUUGAAAGCGCGCCGACUAUUGUAAAGGAAGAUAUACCCAAAGAUGAGGCUGAAAAACUUAAGGAGGCACUAAGCAAAGCUGGCGCUGUCAUUGAAAUCGAAUAGUGUGUUAACCUCUGAUUCAAUUUGGUGUUUGCAGUUACAUUAGCUUAUAAAUGAAACGUCGUUAAUAUUAAAUACAUAGUUUUAUGCAUUUCCGAUGCAGAAAAAGUUGUUUAAUGUUUUAUUUACAACUGUUAGAGCAUUUUUUAUAUAUGUUAAUAAAGAGGGGUCCGGAAUUUAAGCCUGC